AUGUCCAAUAGAAUAUUAAUAAAAAAGAGCAAAGUUACUUUAUCACAGCCGCCUGUUGCCAUCGGCCGAGGUGCUAUGGGGGAAGUGUUUUUGGCCUCUUUUCAGAAUAAACCCGUAGUAGUGAAAAAGAGUCAGCGAGACAUGGACCUAUUAUUGAAAGAAUAUAGCAAUUAUCUUAAACUUCGUAACCAUACCAAUAUAAUAAGGUUUUACGGUGUAACACGAGAUGAUAAAUAUACAUUUUCUCUUGUUUUGGAAUAUGCUUCAAAUGGAAAUCUUUCUAGUUACCUUAAAACUCAUACUGUUGAUUGGAAUUUUAAGGCCAGAGUUUGUCGUGAUAUUGCCUUGGGAUUGAUGCAUUGUCAUGAUAAUAAUGUUUUACACUUUGACCUUAAACCUGAAAAUGUUCUUUUGGAUAAAAAUUUAAUUCCAAAAUUGGCUGAUUUUGGAAUUUCGAAAACUAAAAGUCGAAUGGUCUUGGAUAAUGGAAAAGCGGGUGGAACUCUAAAUUAUGUAGCUCCAGAACGGGUCUGCCGUGAUCUAAAAAUGAGAGAACUCUUUGAAAAUCACCCUAAACUCUCUGAUAUAUAUUCUUACGGAUUAAUCUUGUGGUCCGUUGGCAAUGAUGGUGAACAUCCUUUCGACGGCAUGGACGAUGAUGAAAUAAAAGAACAUAAACGAAGCCCGAAUUCAAUGUAUCGCCUUAUAAAACAACUACCGAACAACACUCCAUCAAAUUAUAGUCAACUUGUUUUAGACCUAACUAAAUAUUAUCCCGGAGAACGAAUUGAUCUAGCAGUUGCAAGACUCGAAUUAGAGGAUUUGUUUGAUGAUGAUAAUGAUUUAUCCAUCGAUGACCUUGAACCCGACGAAGAUGAUGAAGCUAUGUCUGCUUACAAUUACUCCGACACUAGUAGUAACCGUGCAUCAACAUCCACAUCGAUUGAGACCCCAAUAGAUAGUGAAAAAGAUCUUGGCAUCGAAAAAGCGGGUAUAGAAGUAUCUUGUGAUAGUAAAUCACCGACCUGCCAUUACAGUAAACAGAGUAAUGGUAAUAAUUGUGUAUUUCUAAAAGGCAAUAUAGAAAUAAGUAAUCGACCUAGUAAUUCCACAACAUGUCAAUCAAGUAGCAAUGAAAGUGAAGUACGUGAUCGUAGUAUUUCAGGUUUUUCAGGUCUUUCUAGUAAUGGUUCCACUCAAGAUAGUGCAAGUGUUAAUAAAUAUCCAUCCAAGCUUAAAGUACAAUUCGAUUAUCAAGCAUUAUCUAGUGAGACACCAAAGACUCCAAAAGUUCCGCCAUUUGAAAAAAGUCUCUUAGCAUCUAAACCUGAACUUGGUUUAAUGGAAGAUGUAAUGAGUGUAUGCGAUAAUUGGGAAAAAUAUACUGAUGAUAUAAUGAUAAAAAAAUUGGACCGGUGA